AUUGCUUUAUUAAGGGCAAAGUACAUACACCACCGAGUUCGUCCUCUUCCUCUUCUCCAUCACUUUGUACUCAUCCAUAUCAUCAUAUCCCUUCGAUCUCUCCUAUCAUCCAUAUCUUCGAACCCAUCCCUAAUAUUUACAAACGCACGAUGACGGACUGCGUAGAAGUCACCCUCAGGUGCCCGCACUGCCUGAGCACUCUGGUCGGACGUGCCGUCCACGGAACCCACUGCAUGCUGCCGUUCGCGGCGUGCCAGCCCCGCCUCGUGCGCAACGAGAUGGGCACGUGCGACAACUGCAUCCUUCAACUACGCAUGUAUCGGCCGCCAGUCCCCGUGUUUGCACCACCGCCUCUAUACCCACCCCGUCCGCCGAUCGAGCAGAGACCUCCGGGGUGGCAGACUGUCGACGACUAUCGGAGGAGGCUCGCGGAAGAGGAGAGCCUCCGGGACGCGGUAAGACGGCAAGACGAGCAGAUGCGGAAGCAGGAAGUGAUACGGAAGAAGCGCGAGCAGGACAAGCAACUACAGGCGCGGAUUAGGGCGAUACGCGAUGAUGAGGACAAGUCCCUGGCUAUGAUGGCCAGGAUCGCGCGUGAAGACACCGCGAACGCUCGUGCGAGAGAGCGAGAGGACGCCGAGAAGAAGCGGUUCGAUCGGGAAUUUCGGAGGUACUUGACCCCCGAGGUGGCGGACCACAGGUGGCGCGAACGACUGGCACAGUUGAGGCGUGAAGAACAGGCACCCCGUCGAGCAGCGGAUGGCAACGAUCUGGUGCAGUUGUCGGCCCUACACGGUCAUGUUGAGAACUUCACACCCCAGGAAAUCGCACUGAACUAUGGUACGACUGCAUUCCAGAGAUACCAGAGUCGUUGAAGGUAGUCUCUCGGGGUACGCCGAGAUUUUGGUGGCUUUCUUAUCGAUUCCCUCGUGUUCAUUAUGGCGGUCGCUUUCGAGAUAUCUGUUUGCAAUUGGUUUAUGUUUACUGUUGUGUUUCAUUUUCUGUCUCUUCUCCGUUCUCUAGCCCGUAUCUGCAUCCGCGCGAAGGCCUGGUAAUGAUGUUUCUUUAUCGAAAGAAUCGAUCUCUUGCUUCCGAUUGAAAAGUGUUUCUUCUCAUCGCGGGGGAG